CUUUACCAUGUGUUUCCACAUCACUACAACUUUAAGGAGAAGGACAUGCUCUUUUUUUUGCAGGAAAUCACAUGGAGGUGAUAUCGCACUCACAUGACAUCUGAACCAUGGCAGCGGACAUCAAUGAAGGAUCUGUCCCUUCAUAUUAUCGUGAAGUGCAUCAAGCCAUCUGCUCCAGAACUGAUGAACGAGUGCCUAUUGGUGUAUUCCAGAGAGUUCUCAGCAGAACAUAUCUCUCCAGUACUGUUCAAAACCAGAUAGCCGAACAUGUAAACAAUGUUGAUGGAUUCCUUAGUAAAGUCUCGCUUUAUAAAGGCUUGGCUCUCAUUGCCCUUGCUCAACAAGGAAAACCACCAAGUCCCAAACUACUGGAGAAUUUCAUACAAGAGUUCCCGAAGCCUCAGCUGGGAGAGCCAAAGGAGCUUCAGAGUCUGAAGAUUCAGUCGGUUGAGGAGAGUCCUUUGAACUUGUCUUUGACUCUGGCAGAGCUGUUAAAGAAGGACACCAUCAAAGUUGAUCUCAUCCCCGAGAAGAAGGGAUUGUUUCUUAAACACGUGGAGUAUCAGGUCACCAGUGAGCGUUUUACAGUAUCAGUCUAUCGGCGAUACAAUGAUUUUGAUGUUUUCCAUGAGCUUCUACUUCAGAGAUAUGCUUACAGAGUCGUGCCGGCGCUUCCUCCCAAAAGGGUGCUGAAAGGAGUCCUGACCUCAAUGUCAGAUCGGCAGUUCAUUGAAGGGCGGAGACGAGCUCUUGGCAGGUUUCUGAAUCUUGUGGCACGACACCCUGUCUUUUCUGAGGAUGAGCUUGUGAAAACAUUCCUCACCUUCAGUGGCUCGGAUGUCCAAGCUAAGUUUAGAGAUGCUUGCAAAAAAAUGGGUGAUGAGUUCAUGACAUGCAAAUAUGCAACGCAGGCCAAGGAUUACCUCCCAGCAGAUGUCCAAAGUCAAUUUUCAUCCAGCAGAGAGCUCAUCAGAAAUAUCCAUAACAGUUUUCAGAAGUUAAGGGACAGGGCGGAGAGGAUGGCCAGUCGCUCAAAGGAGAACGCCGCGGAUCUGCUGAUGUUUGGGAAGGAGCUCAGUUCUUUGGGAUCAGAUGAGUCAUCUGUGCCUAUCCUGGCGUCCUGUAAGAGUCCUUGGGCUGCACUCAGACGCUCUGUUAAAGGGCUUUCUGUUGAGUUCUCACUUCUGUCUGAAAAAGCUGCCCAACAGUGCAGAAGAGAAGAGGAUGAUGUGGUAGAAAAACUAAAUCUGUUCUUGGACUUGCUGCAGUCGUACAGGGACUUGUGUGAAAGGCAUGAGAAAGGGGUCUUGCAUGAACACCAACGAGCGCUCCAGAAGUACGGUGUCAUGAAAAGACAAAUGCUGAGUGCCACGGUGCAGCCUAAAGAACAGGUUUCUGUCGAACAGCUGGAGUCCCGCAUCGUCCAGCAAGAAAACGCCAUUCAGACCAUGGAGCUGCGCAACUACUUCUCCCUGUUCUGCCGGCACCAGGAAAGCCAGCUCAUAUUUACUUAUCUGCCCAUUACGUCUCACAUCCUGGGGGCACUUGUAGACUCACAGGUGCUGGGACAUAAAGAGAUGGGUGAGGUGUGGCAAGAUCUUCAUUCCAAACUUAAAAGUCUUUUUGGGGACGGUAACGGACAGUUUCCACCUCUCAGCCCAAAAUAACCUCCCUUUUGUGAUUUCAUGAACUCCAAGCCUGUUUUGAAUCGCAGGAUCUAAUCAGGAACUACAGACAAUCAGUAUGCUUUCUCGCAAAGAAUUAUGGGGAACUGGUUCUGUGUAAAUGUGUUAUGUGGCAGUUCUUAAAAUCUGUCAGUCUGAGUUGAAAAGGCAACUUGAUUUCCUACAGUUUGAACAAACUGACACCUAAAAUAAAGAGCUGAUGUUGUGGAGUAUAAUUUUAAGAAAUGCAACAAGAUGCUAUAACACUGUAUUGAUCUUUAAUCUACAUGUAUGCAAAGCUAAUGUUGUUGUUUUAAAACGUAAGCUAAUCUGAAAAGAAAUUGUACAUUGUAAAAAGGGUUAACACAUGAAAGUUGACCUGUAUCUUCUAUUUUAGUGCAAUAUAAAGAAAUGAGCUAAACUAAUAGCAAGUGAGUCGGAGCGAUGGUUAGUUGAAUACACUUCAUGGGAAAUAUGCAGAAAUUGUUAUUUGAUUCAAAGGCAUCAUAAUUAUUUUGCCAGUCUGAUUCUAUGUUAUCUACUUUGUAUCUUCAGACUUGUACUUCUCGCAGCUUUGUUUUGUUGUCACAUUUCAUUUUUAUUUGUAAGUAAUAUUUACACUACCAUUCAAAAGUCUGGAGUUAGUAAGAUUUUAUUUUUGAAAAAAAUUAUUUCUUUUAUUCAGCAUGAAAUUACCAAAAGUCAUGGUGAAGACAUUUAAAAAUUUCAUUUUAAAGCUGUUCUUUUGUACUCAUCAUAUCUUGAUUUCCACAGAAAUAUUAAUCUGCACAGUCAUUUCCAACACUGACAAGAAAUGUUUCUUGAGCAGGAAAUCAGCAUAUUCUUGCUUCCUUGCUGAGCAUCACUGUGAGGCAUUCAAAUGACAGUAGUGUAUACAAUACAGUAGUGUAUUCAAGUGAACACUUUCAAACUAGUUGUCUUACUAACUAUGAAGUAAUUAGUUAUUAGCUGCUCUGAAUGCCAAAAACUUGUUUUUAUUCAAUAAAUUGAUGUUCUGAAAUUUUUGGCUGCUAUUAAACUAUCAUAUUAACUAUACUUCGAAAUAUGUCUGUAAAAAAAAAUGCUGUCGGUUGAUAAUGCAUGCAUCAUGCAUAAUUCCAUCUUAAUUGUUUAAUAUUUAGUAAAACACUUUAGCAGAGCUUAUCAAUUGUCUUCAAAUGUUUGAUUUUAUGUUUGGACUAAGUAAAGCAUUAAAGAAAUGGAAACUU